GUGGUCUAGGACACGAGAGGAAACGGACCCCUCCGAGCCUUGAGAAACGCCAAACACAGCGCCUGCCACAGAUGCCGGCGCCCUGCCUGCCCCCCGAAUUCUGGUCUGGAAUGCCCCUGAAUACUUGCCUGGUGCUUUCAGCAAUGCUCCCUCCCCUCCACCCCCAAGGCACCCACGGGCAGGCGGGUACUGCCAGGCUUGCUGCGAGGCCCCUGGGACCGACCCACUUGCCCAGUCCUGUCCUGGGGCUGUGGGGCUGUGGGGCUGUGGGGCUGCAGGGCUGCGGUGACGGCAGAUGGGCGUGCCAGCUGCCAGAUUCCUGAGACCCGCCCUGCAGUGGGCUACGCCCAGCCUGGGAGUCUCCAGAGGUGAGGCCGUUGUUUAAAAACUGGGAACCAGCAGCGGAGACCCCCACAUUCAAGGGGUGCUCGCAGAAAGGCGAUCUGGAGGAAGGACAGUGGCAGCAGGGAGCCAGGUGAGGUCCUCUCUGGGGAUCACCCCAUUGGCUGAAGAUGAGGCCAGUCCUUCUCCUGUGUUUCAUCUUGCCCAGCUUCCUGUGCACCCAGCAAGCCUGCUCCCGUGGGGCCUGCUAUCCUCCUGUUGGGGACCUGCUCAUUGGAAGGACCCAGCAUCUCCGAGCUUCAUCCACCUGUGGACUGACCAGGCCUGAGACCUACUGCACGCAGUAUGGCGAGUGGCAGAUGAAAUGCUGCAAGUGCGACUCCAGGCUGCCUCACAAUUACAACAGUCACCGAGUGGAGAAUGUGGCUUCGUCUUCAGGCCCCGUGCGCUGGUGGCAGUCACAGAAAGACGUGAACCCUGUCUCUCUGCAGCUGGACCUGGACAGGAGAUUCCAGCUCCAAGACAUCAUGAUGGAUUUUAAGGGGCCCAUGCCCGCCGGGAUGCUGAUCGAGCGCUCCUCGGACUUCGGGAAGACCUGGCAUGUGUACCAGUACCUGGCUGCCGACUGCAGGUCUGCCUUCCCCCGCGUCCGCCAGGGCCAGCCUCAGAGCUGGCAGGACCCUCGGUGCCAGUCUCUGCCCCAGAGGCCUCAUGCGCACCUAGACGGGGGCAGGGUCCAACUUAACGUUAUGGAUUUAGCCUCUGGGAUUCCAGCAACUCAAAGUCAAAAAAUUCAAGAGCUGGGAGGGAUCACAAACCUGAGAGUCAACUUCACCAAGCUGGCCCCUGUGCCCCAGAGGGGCCACUAUCCCCCCAGCGCCUACUACGCGGUGUCCCAGCUGCGCCUGCGAGGGAGCUGCUUCUGCCACGGUCACGCUGACCGCUGCGCUCCCGAGCCCGGAGCCACCACCGGCCCCUCCACCACCGUGCAGGUCCAUGAUGCCUGUGUCUGCCAGCACAACACUGCCGGCUCCAACUGUGAGCGCUGCGCGCCCUUCUACAACAACCGGCCCUGGAGACCUGCGGAUGAUCAGGACCCCCACGAAUGCCAAAGGUGUGACUGCAACGGCCACUCAGAGACGUGUCACUUCGACCCAGCUGUGUUCACCUCCAGCCAGGGGGCGCAGGGAGGGGUGUGUGACAACUGCCGGGACCACACCGAGGGCAAGAACUGCGAGCGGUGCCAGCUCCAUUACUUCCGGAACCGGCGCCCCGGUGCCCCCAUUGAGGAGGCCUGCAUCCCCUGCGAGUGUGACCCGGACGGGGCAGUGCCGGGGGCUCCCUGCGACCCAGUGACCGGGCAGUGCGUGUGCAAGGAGCAUGUGCAGGGGGAGCGCUGCGACCUGUGCAAGCCGGGCUUUACAGGACUCACCUACACCAACCCGCAGGGCUGCCACCGCUGUGACUGCAGCAUCCUGGGGUCCCGACGGGACAUGCCAUGUGAAGAGGAGAGUGGGCGCUGCCUGUGCCUGCCCCAUGUGGUGGGCCCCAAAUGUGACCAGUGCGCUCCCUACCACUGGAAGCUGGCCAGUGGCCGGGGCUGCGAGCCGUGUGCCUGCGACCCAAACAACUCCCUCAGCCCCCAGUGCAACCCGUUCACAGGGCAGUGCCCCUGUCGGGAAGGAUUUGGUGGCCUGAUGUGCAACGCUGCAGCCAUCCGCCAGUGUCCCGACCAGACGUACGGCGACGCAGCGGCCGGCGGAUGCCGAGCCUGUGACUGUGACUUCCGGGGGACGGAGGGCCCAGGCUGUGACAAGGCCUCGGGCCGCUGCCUCUGCCGCCCUGGCUUGACCGGGCCCCGCUGUGACCAGUGCCAGCGAGGCUACUGUGACCGCUACCCGCUGUGUGUGGCCUGCCAUCCCUGCUUCCAGACCUAUGACGCCGACCUCCAGGAGCAGGCCCGGCGCCUCCGCGGCCUCCGCAAUGCCACCGCCAGCCUGUGGCCCGGGUCCGGCCUGGAGGACCCGCGCCUGGCCUCCCGGAUCCUGGAUGCAAAGACCAAGAUAGAGCAGAUCCAGGCGAUUCUUGGCAGCGCCCCGGCCACCGAGCGGGAGGUGGCCGAGGUGGCCAAUGCCAUCUCCUCUCUCAGGCGGACCCUGCAGGACCUGCAGCCCGCUCUGCCCCUGGAGGAGGAGACCUUGUCCCUCCCCGGAGACCUGGAGGCUCUGGACAGAAGCUUCAAUCACCUCCUCGUUCUGUACCAGAAUAAGAGGGAGCAGUUUGAAAAGAUCAGCGGUGCCGACCCUUCAGGAGCCUUCCGGAUGCUGACCGAAGCCUACCAGCGGUCAUCCCAGGCCACCCAGCAGGUCUCCGACAGCUCCCACCGGCUGCUCCAAGUCAGGGACAGCCGGAGAGAGGCCGAGAAGCUGGAGCAGCAGGUGGGAGGUGGCGGAGGAGCCGGGGGUCCCCAGCUCGCAGCCCUGAAGCUGGAGAUGGCUUCCUUGCCUGAUCUGACGCCCACCAUCAACAAGCUCUGCGGGGGCUCCAGGCAGACACCUUGCACCCCAGGAGCGUGCCCUGGUGAGCUCUGUCCCCGAGACAACGGCACAGCCUGCGGCUCCCACUGCAGAGGCACCCUCCCCAAGGCUGGUGGGGCCUUCCAGACAGCGGGGCAGGUGGCCGCGCAGCUACAGGGCUUCAACGCCCAGCUCCAGCAGACCAGACAGAUGAUCAGGGCAGCCGAGGAGGCCGCCUCGCAGGUGCAGUCAGACGCUCAGCGCCUGGAGACCCAGGUGAGCACCAGCCGCUCCCAGAUGGAGGAAGACGUCAGGCGCACGCGGCUCCUCAUCCAGCAGGUCCGGGACUUCCUCUCAGACCCUGACACGGACGCAGCCACCAUCCAGGAGGUCAGCGAGGCGGUGCUGGCCCUGUGGCUGCCCACAGACUCGGCCACGGUCCUGCGGAAGAUGAAUGAGAUCCAGGCCAUCGCAGCCAGGCUCCCCAACGUGGACCUGGUGCUGUCCCAGACCAAGCAGGACAUUGCCCGGGCCCGCAGGCUCCAGGCCGAGGCCGAGCAGGCCAGGAGCCGGGCACACGCAGUGGAGGGCCAGGUGGAGGACGUGGUGGGGAACCUGCGCCAGGGCAGCGUGGCGCUGCAGGAAGCACAGGACACGAUGCAGGGCACCAGCCGCUCCCUUCAGCUCAUCCAGGACAGGGUUGCCGAGGUCCAGCAGGUGCUGGGGCCAGCGGAAAGGCUGGUGACGAGCAUGACGGAGCAGCUGGGUGGCUUCCAAGCACGGAUGGAGGAGCUCCGCCUCCAGGCCAGGCAGCAGCGGGCACAGGCAGCUCAGGCUCAGCAGCUCGCGGAGGGCGCCAGCCAGCAGGCGCUGAGUGCCCAGGAGGGAUUUGAGAGAAUAAAGAGAAAAUAUGCGGAGCUGAAGGAACGGUUGGGUCAGAGCCCUGCUCUGGGGGAGCAGGGCAACCGCAUCCUGAAAGUCAAGACAGACGCAGAAGAGCUGUUUGGGGAAACCAUGAAGAUGAUGGACAGGAUGAGAGUCAUGGAGUCGGAGCUGCUGCAGGGGAGCCAGGCCAUCAUGCUUCGCUCCGCGGACCUGACGGGGCUGGAGAAGCACGUGGAGCAGAUCCGCGACCACAUCAAUGAGCGGGUCCUCUACUACGCCACCUGCAAGUGAUGCUCCAGCUGCCAGCCAGGCCCCAUGCAUCUGCCCUCUUUUUUUGUGGGGGGGGGCAGACUGGUUUGGAAUGCUUUCCAGCUCCUUUUAUGCAGCUGAAAGCACCGCCUGGACCACCCCUGGUGUGCAGCUCAUGUUACUCUGGGCCACCGCUGAGGCUGAGCGGAUGGACAGCCACAUGUGAGGGACAGGAAUGGCAGAGAUGAGCCAUACCCUUGUGGCCAGGGGCUCUCAAAUGGAGAGAGCUAGGCUGGGAAGUGUCCUCGCUCUUCAUUCUCCAUUGAGGCUGAAUCCUGGACCAACACAGAAACUUAACCCAAAUGAUGUACACGUGAAAAAGCCCAAUAAAAUUGUUGGAAAGGAACCUGGAGGUUCAAAGCAGGAAAA